AUGGUCGAAGCGUUUCGCUAUUUCGCGAAUCCUCACUUAUGUCUAUUGAAAUUGGAAAAUUCGCGAAUCGCCAUAAUCGAUCCAAAUGAGUUCCCUCUCGACAUCACCGAUAUUCGCAGCUCGCCGAGUUUUGUCGUUUUCGUCGGAGAUGAGAUGCCGUCUUCGCUCGCUGCACAUUUUCUGUUUCACAACGCGCUCGCCGUGUUUGCCACGCGAAGAGAACGCGUCGUCUCGCUUGUCGCGCGCUUGCAAAUUACCAAUGAUCACCGGGAGAUCAAAGCGGUGAAUGUGAUUCAUGGCGAUGAUUCAGAUGGCAAUUACGCCUUGCUGUCAACACUUCGAAACGAUGUAAAAGAAGCUGUUAACGGAGAUUACUGUAUUCCCAACGAUAUUUCAGCUGAUGUUGAGAAGGUCGUCGCAGAAAUUGGUAGAGAAAGGGUUUUGGAAAUUUUGGGCAUGAAAGACACAGAAGCCAUUAAUCAAAAGAAAUUUGAAAAUAAAACAGUUGACAUGUUUUUUAGGAAAAUUUAUCAUGAUCAUUUGUUUGAUUAUGACGAAAACGUGAUGGGAUUUGAUACAUCUACUCAACGGUAUGAUCCGAUAGCUUAUAAUUAUACAUUGAUUUCUUUAGAUCAAUGUCACAAUGUUCCACCAUAA